CGCAGUCCCUCUGGAACAAUGCUCAACCCGCUGGGUUUUGAUGGUGAAAUAGGAGGAAGGAAGAUGCUGGAACACCAAUUGGCUGCCAGCUGUGAAUGCAUACAACAGGGCAUCAAACUAGCCCCUGUUUGGCAUUGUGUGACAUGCAGCACGGCUAAGAGCAAAUUAGAUCUUCGUAUACCGACAAAUGGCUCCGCCUGGUUUCCGUGCCACUCCUUAUCACAUCUAGGGUAUAUAAAGGGUAGUUUCCAGUUUUUUUCUCCGGUUGAUUCUAUGGUGCUCUCUAUCGUUUAUUCAUAUUCUACUUUACAUAUAGCAAAAUGAGAUUUUCUACUGUCACUGUUGCCGCUGUCACUGUUGCCGCUGUCUCUGCUGCCAGCUCUUCGGUCAGCUCUGGUUCCGUCACUAAGGCUGCCUCUUCUACCUCCAAGACCUCUUCUGCUACCUCCAAGACUUCUUCUACUUCGAGCACCAAGGCUUCCUCUUCUACCAAGAAGGCUGGUGCCGCUCACCUCAGUGCUGGUUCGGCCGCUUUGUUAGGUAUGGCUGGUAUGGUUCUCUUGUAAGCAAACCAA